AUGGAGAUCAGCUAUCUGGACAAGCAAGAGGGAUAUGAAAUAGGUAAAGAAUGUCCAGAUAUGUCUUUUGGAGCAUUCUGGAGCAUAUGGGACGUGAGGAGCAUGGAGGGACUUGGCAUGGACGCAGCUCAACUGGAUACACAAAGGAAGAAGGAGGAAGCCAUCUUGAAGACCAGCUCGACCACCUACUCGACCAACCGGUCGAGUUCCUCAACUCGACCGGCCAAGCUUCAACUCGAUCGAGCUGAGAAGUCAAAGUCAAACCCGAAAAAUGUUGCUUCCCCCUUGACUUUCCUUUGA